GUGGGAAGGUGAGGGGGAGCAGCCGUGCGCCGGGAGCCGUCCCUCCAGGUUUCCGAGAGGGUAGGGGAUCCUUGGGUCAGGCCCUGACAGCCUAGACAGCGCGCGGGCUUCGGUGACUGGGCUUUGUGAGGGAUACAAUCCUGGAAGAGCUUGUUCUUCUACACUAAGUGGGGGCAAUGUCACAAGUUACAACAACUACUUACUCUUUUGAUGCCCCUACCAACUUCAUCAACUUUUCAUCUUUGGAUGCUGAAGAAGAUACUGAAAAUGUAGACUCCUGGUUUGAGGAAAAGGCCAACUUGGGGAACAAGUUUCUUGGGAAGAAUGGAAUAGAAGAGCUUUUUCAGGGCAAAACUUCCUUGAGAAAAGCCAAACUCCAGCAAAGCCGUGUCACACCUUUGAAGGCAGUUGACAACACUUACUAUAAUGAGACAGAAAAGGAAAAUCUUCAGAAACAUUCCGUUCCAUCAGAUGACUGUUCUUCUGUGAAUGCUGAGGGGGCUGUAUCAGGAAAAACUCCUGUGCAGGCUCAGAGAAGAUCUGUUAGACUCUCUGCUCAGAAGGAUUUGGAGCACAAAUCAAAAAAACAUGCCCUUGUUGAAAUGAAAGCAAAGAGAUGUACCACUCCUUCCAGUGACUUUCCACCUUCCAAAAGAAUAAAAAUGUCUCAUAAAAAGAAACCAGAGGAAGAGGAAGAAGGCAGUGUUCAAGGUACUUCCAGAAAGAAUGAAAGAGAAAGUCUGGAGAAAGUUAAGGGCAAACAUACUGUGCCUGGUGUUCCACCUGCAAGGCAGAAGGUUCUAAAAAGUACUGAAGAGCAGGAGUUGGAGAAGAGAUUGAGAAUGCAGCAGGAGGUGGUGGAGAUGCGGAAAAAGAAUGAGGAGUUCAAGAAGCUUGCUCUUGCAGGGCCAGGGCAACCUGUGAAGAAAUCUGUGAACCAAGUCACCAAAACAGUUGACUUUCACUUCCUCACAGAUGAGCGAAUCAAACAACAUCCUAAGAACCAGGAAGAGUAUAAGGAAGUGAAUUUCAUGUCUGAACUUCGAAAGCAUCCUCCAUCUCCUGUAAGUUGCCAGGCCCGAGUGACUAAAGGAUGCACCAUUGUUAAACCUUUCAAUCUGUCCAAAGGAAAGAAAAGAACAUUUGACGAAACAGCUUCCACAUAUGUGCCCAUUGCACAGCAGGUUGAAGCCUUCCACAAACGGACCCCUAGUAGAUAUCAUCUGAGGAAUAAGAAGGAAGAGAACUUGUUACCCUCCAGAUCUGUGACCAAGCUCUCAAGAGAUCCCCAGACUCCCAUCCUGCAAACCAAAUACCGUGCAAGGGUUGUGACCUGCAAAAGUACAGCAGAGCAGGAGGCCGAGGAGCUCGAGAAGCUGCAGCAAUAUAAAUUCAAAGCCCGAGAACUUGAUCCAAGAAUUUUUGAAAGUGGACCCAUCUUGCCCAAGAGACCUCCUGCUAAACCUCCCACUCAACCUGUUGGUUUUGAUUUGGAAAUUGAAAAACGAAUUCAAGAGCGAGAGUCAAAGAAAAAAUCAGAGGACGAACACUUUGAGUUUCAUUCCAGACCUUGCCCUACUAAGAUCUUGGAGGAUGUCGUGGGUGUUCCUGAAAAGAAGGUAAUUCCAGCCACUGUCCCCAAGUCACCAGUGUUUGCAUUGAAGAACAGGAUCCGCAUGCCCACCAAAGAAGAAGAGGAAGAGGAUAAACCAGUUGUGAUACGAGCUCAACCUGUUCCACAUUAUGGGGUGCCUUAUAAGCCCCAUAUUCCAGAGACAAGAAACGUAGAGGUGUGCCCUUUCUCCUUUGAUACCCGGGACAAAGAGCGCCAGUUGCAGAAGGAGAAGAAAAUAAAAGAAAUGCAGAAAGGGGAGGUGCCCAAGUUCAAGGCACUUCCUCUGCCCCAGUUUGACACUGUUAACUUGCCAGAGAAAAAGGUAAAGAGUGUGACUCAAGCUGAGCCCUUCUCUCUGGAGACAGACAAGAGAGGUGCCUUUAAAGCUGAGGUGUGGAAGCACCAGCUGGAGGAAGAACUGAAACAGCAGAAGGAAGCCGCUUGCUUCAAGGCUCGUCCAAACACCGUCAUCUUCCAAGAGCCCUUUGUUCCCAAGAAAGAGAAGAAAUCAGUUGCUGAGAACCUGUCUGGUUCUCUAGUUCAGGAGCCCUUUCAACUGGCCACCGAGAGGAGAGCCAAGGAGCGGCAGGAGUUGGAAAAGAGAAUGGCUGAAGUAGAAGCCUGGAAAAUGCAGCAGUUGGAGGAAGUUAGACAACAGGAAGAGGAACAGAAAAAGGAGGAGCUAGUCAAGCUCCGGAAAGAACUGGUACACAAGGCGAAUCCAAUCCGCAAGUAUGCAGCCGUAGAGGUGAAGUCAAGUGAGCUACCGUUGACCGUGCCCGUGUCUCCUAAGUUCUCCACCCGAUUCCAAUAGGAGCGCUCCACAUCACACCAUUCACGGAGAGAGGCCUUUCUCAGACUCACCUACCCGUGAUUCCUAUAGGAGCGCUCCACAUCACACCAGUCACGGAGAGAGGCCUUUCUCAGACUCACCCACCCGUGAUUCCGAUAGGAGCGCUCCACAUCACACCAGUCACGGAGAGAGGCCUUUCUCAGACUCACCUGUGAUUCCAAUAGGAGCGCUCCAGAUCACACCAGUCAUAGAGAGAGGCCUUUCUCAGACUCACCCACCCGUGUGUGGCAGUGGACCUGACAACUGUGGAUGCUGGUUUUUUUGAAGAUCACUUUACACAGUUUUGAAGCUAAUGAGAUGAAACUCAUUUAGGCUUUAACCUGACUUUUCUUGUAGUUAUCUCUUUCCAACAGUAGUUGGUCCUUUACUAUUGAUUUUAGCUGUGGCUAGAAUUUCAAGUGUUUUGGCACGUCUAAUUAUUUUCUGCUAAUCUCCCCCACCCCCAUUUUAUAUGUAUAUUUUAAGCGUAAAAUAAAGGCAGUUAAAUCCUG